AUGAUAACAUUUACUUCUUCAAAAAGUAGAUUCUCAUUAUAUUAUUUGGAGGAGAGUGAGAAGUAUUUACAGGAUUUAUCAGCAAAAGUUAGAUAAAUAAAUAUGUUAAAAGGAGAGGAAAGGUAUAUAAUAAUAUUACUAAGCUUUAGAUUGGAAAGAGGAAAGGUUCACAUUUGUUCUAGGACUUUGAUUUUUGAGCCAGAGAAAUAAGAAUUACCUAUUUAGAAAUUAUUCUAUCGUAUGAUUACAACACCAAUUAAGCAAACCAACUUUAUUAGUUUUAGGAUUAAGAGGAUUGUUGAGAUUUUUACUUAAGGUCCUCCUUCACCUUAUAUCUAUUAAGAUGAUGUGGAUUUUGAAAUUCAAAUAGAACCAUUAUUUGAUAAUAUCAAAGUGGUUAAUGAUUUGAUAGAAAAAAUAUAAUAGAUUAAUUAAUAGAAACAUGAUGUAGAAAGUGAAGUAGAGAAAUUGGAUUCUGAGAAAUUGCAAAAAGCUAGAUUUAAUAUGAGUUUUGUAGAAUCUGUUAGUGAGAAACCUUUAAUCUAGAAGGAGAUGCUUGUAAGAAGAAUAAUGCCAUUAAUAUAAACUAAAGGUAUUGGAUAUAUAUAUAUAAUUAGGAAUUAUGUAUAUCACUAAUAAGAUUAUAUAUUUUCAACCAUUCUUUAAGAUCACUUUAAAACCAUGUAAGAAGAUUUCGAUUGAAUAAAUCAAGGUUUUGUAUAAGCGAAGAUUUGAAUUACUUGAUAUUGGAUUGGAGAUCAUUAUGAAGAGUGGGAAGACCAUUUAUUAUGCAUUUGAGAAUCAAGAAAGAAUGGAGGAAGUGUAUAAAGUGCUUAUAGGUAUAUUUGUAUAUUGAUUUAGUUUAGGAAAGGUGACAAUAGAGGCAGAAACUAGUUUAGAGAAGAUCCAAUAUCUAUGGUAAAGUGGAUAAAUAUCAAAUUUUGAGUAUUUAAUGCGUUUGAAUUAAGCUGGCAAUCGUAGUUCUAGUGAUUUAACUCAAUAUCCAGUAUUUCCCUUAAUCAUUGUUGAUUAUGAAUCAUGUGAAUUAAAUCUUAAUGAUUCUGCAACUUUUAGGGAUUUAAAGAAACCUAUAGGAGCAUUGAAUGAGAAGAGAUUGUAAGAAUUCAAAAAGAGAUAUGAAGAAAUGCCACCUCCAAAGUUUCUUUAUGGUACACAUUAUUCAACUCCAGGAUAUGUGAUAGGAUAUUUAGUAAGAUAGAAACCAUAAUAUAUGUUAAAAUUAUAAUCAGGUAAAUUUGAUAAACCUGAUCGAUUAUUCAAAAGUAUUAAAGGUGAUUUUAAGAAUGUAAUUAAUAAUCCAACAUCAUUGAAAGAAUUGAUACCUGAAUUCUUUAUAGAAGAUGACUCAUUUUUAGUUAAUAAAUUGAAUUUGGAUCUUGGAGUAAGAUAGAAUUAAAAGAAAGUUGGUGAUGUGAAAUUACCAAAAUGGGCUAAAAGUGCUAAGGAUUAUCUUAGAUUAAAUAGAAUGGCAUUAGAAAGUGAUUAUGUUAGUAAUGAAUUGCAUCAUUGGAUAGAUUUAAUAUUUGGGUACAAACAAAAGGGACCACAUUCUGUUGAAGCCGAUAAUGGUAAUGUAAAUUAUGAUUAAUUCUUAUUUAGUUUUCCAUUAUUUAACUUAUGAAGGUACAGUUCAAUUGAGUUAAAUGUAAGAUCCUAUUGAGAGAUAAGCAAGUAUAUGUUAAAUCAAUGAAUUUGGAUAAUGUCCAAAAUAAUUAUUCAAAAUCUAACAUCCUCCUAAAUGUGCAUUAAGAGCUGGUUAGAUUAUGUAUAAGUUUGUUGAGUAGAUACCAAAAUAAAAGUAAGAGGAAAUUCCAAUAAAUGUUGAUGGUUUAAUGUGGGAACAUUUAGAUAAGAAGGAUUAAUUUAGACAUAAAAUGAUAUAGAAAGUUCAUAAGACGUAAUAGAUAUAUUAUUAAUAUAAUAGAAAUAUAACAGAUUUGAUAGUAUUAGAGAGAAAGAAUUUAUUGGUUACAAUUGGUUAAGAUGGAUUUCUGAAGGUAAUUGAUUUAAAAGAAUUAAUUGUAUUGAAAUCAUUUAAAGUUGAUGAAUUUUGUUUAAGUUGUAUUGUUACUUUAAAGCAAGAUGAAAUAUUUGCUAUAGGUAGUUGGGGUUCUUAGAUACAUGUUUUCAAUAUAAAUUAUGGAAGCAAAGUAUAAAUGGUUUAGAGAUUCAAUAAUUCAGUUAGUUCUUUAGUAUAUUUAAUGAAAAAGAAAACUUUAAUUACAGGAUCAUGGGAUUGUUCUUUAAAGAGAUUUGAAUGUUCUGAAAAUUAAAUAAAAUAAGAUAGUGAAGAAUUAAUUGAUGAUUGGGAAGCAUAAAUUACACAUAUAUCAGCUACAGAAGAUGAAUCUAUGAUUGCUGUUGGUGAUAUUGAUGGUAGAGUAAUUACAAUUAAUACUAAUAAUUGGACAUAACAUAAUCAUUAUGAAAUUAAUGGAGAGAAAAUAGUCAAAUCAUUAUUCUUUAGAAAAAGUUUAUUGGUUGUUGGAGAUACAUAAAUAAAAAUGUUUAGUAAUGGAAGUUAAUUAUUAGAUUUUAAAAUAGAUAAAAAUAAUGGAUUAAUAACAGAUAUUAUUAUAGAUCAUGAUAAAUAUUUAAUAGCAUGUAAAUUAUAUUUUAUUAUAAUUAUGUAGGUACAAAAAAAGGAUAUGUGGCUGUAUUUUCAAUGGUAUUAGAAAGUAAACUUGGAUAUUUAUUUACUGAUUUCUCUAAUUAGAAUGAUUUGAUUGUAAAUUAAGAUUAAUAAUUUACAAAGAUGAUAAUUAGAAAUAAGACACUUAUUUUAACUAGUUAGAAUGGAUGUAUAAAUGUAUUAUAAUAUUGA